AUGGCAGAAUUUUCUGAUUUAUCAGAAAUACAAUCUUGUUCAGAUGAAAAGCUAGAUAAUGCCGUUGGUGGCCAAGACGAUAUUAGUAAUAGUGAUGAUGUAGUUAAAUCAAUUACUAAUAAAAUUAUUCAAGUUCUUCAACUAACUGAUAAUGCAAAUAAAGAUCAGAUUGUUAACAGUUUGUUAGAAAAAGGUCGGCAAUCAUUAAUUGAUUACCAAGAAGAUAUACCCACAGAAAUAUAUACAAAAGAAAUGGAUAGUAAAGAUAGUAAAUUAGUAGAACUGUUAAAAAUGUAUUUUCAACGAAAAUGGGAAAUACAAUAUGGUUCCUCCAAUGAAUGGUUUUCAUUAUUUUUAAAACAAUAUCAAAAUGGAGAAAAUCAUGAUUUAUAUGAACGUAUUUUAACACGUACAGCGGAAUAUGGGAACAAAUAUAUGAACAAUUGUUCAAUAUUAUCCAUUGUUUUACAACUUUUAUUUGAAGCAAUCGAUGAUACCUGUUUACACGAAACAAAUGUAUUCAAUGAGCUCUGGUUGACGAUAACAAAUAAUGGCUUAAAAUCAGUGACAAAAUAUGCUGAUUAUAUUAUUAAAGAUGCGAUGGAUGAACAAAUUAAUAAAAAACCUUCAGCAUUAUUUCAAGCAUUACGUGAAUAUUAUCGUCAACAGUUAUUUUUAUUACUUGAACAAAGUAAUAUCAUAUGCAGACAAAAUUUGUAUGAAUCAGCAUUAAACAAUGUAGCCGAGCAUGGUUGGUUAACAGGUGUAGAAGUAAUUAAACGAAAAACAACAUCAUAUGCUUAUGAAAAAUUAUUAAAAAAUAUUCAUUCUUAUCAGCUACACCAACAAACACAAGAAAGAAAAGAACAUCUCAAAGAUUAUGAUACACCAUUAAUCAACAUGCAAUUGGAAUUAAUUUCAACCGAAAAAUCUACGAUAUACACUGAUAAUUCCGAAAAAAAAUGUAAAUAA